UAUGAGCCUAUGCCAGCGCUCGAAAACAAGGACUAUGGCAAGACUCGCAUGACGUACAGCGACUAUGUGCAGAGCGAGUCGGGGCUGCAGUACAUCGAUUUGAAAGUGGGGACGGGGCCUGCAGCGCAGGAGGGCAACACCUGCGUCGUGGAUUGGGCCGGAGUUACCAUUGGCUACUAUGGGCGCCCCUUUGAGGCCCGCAACAAACCCAAGGGCGGUGCGUUCACGGGGGAUGAGAAGGAUUUCUUCCGCUUCAAGCUGGGCGACCACAGUGUCAUCCCGGCCUUUGAGGAGGCGGUGUUGGGCAUGAAGCCGGGCGGCGUGCGGCGGAUCAUCGUCCCGGUGGAGCUUGGCUACCCAGACAACGACUACAACAAGCUAGGCCCGAAGCCCACCACCUUCAGCGGCCAGCGAGCGCUUGCGUUUGUGCUGGGCAACAAGGGGAUGAUCGAUAAGACCUUGUUAUUUGACGUCGAAUUGAUCGCUGUGAGAUGA